AUGGCGCUCCCGGCUUCCAAGUGCGGGGAAAACAAACCAACAAACCCACAAAAAAAACCGUUACCGGCCAACGGCCGCAGCGCGCGACCCCGCCCCCGGCGCCUCCCAUUGGGCCGCGGCCCUAAGGGCGUUACUAUUGUGAAGCCAAUAGUGUAUGGCAACGUCGCGCGGUAUUUUGGCAAGAAGAGGGAAGAGGAUGGCCACACUCACCAGUGGACGGUCUACGUGAAGCCCUACAGGAAUGAGGAUAUGUCUGCCUAUGUGAAGAAAAUUCAAUUCAAGUUACACGAAAGCUAUGGCAAUCCCUUAAGAGUUGUUACCAAACCACCAUAUGAAAUCACUGAAACAGGCUGGGGUGAAUUUGAAAUAAUCAUUAAGAUAUUUUUCAUUGAUCCAAAUGAAAGACCUGUAACCUUGUAUCAUUUGCUGAAGCUUUUUCAGUCUGAUACUAAUGCCAUCCUGGGGAAGAAAACUGUAGUUUCGGAAUUCUACGAUGAAAUGAUAUUUCAAGAUCCUACUGCAAUGAUGCAGCAGCUGUUAACGACAUCUCGUCAACUAACACUAGGUGCUUAUAAGCAUGAAACAGAGUUUGCAGAUCUUGAAGUAAAAACCAGGGAGAAGUUAGAAGCUGCCAAAAAGAAAACUAGUUUUGAAAUUGCUGAGCUUAAAGAAAGAUUGAAAGCAAGUCGUGAAACUAUCAACUGUUUAAAGAAUGAAAUUAGAAAACUUGAAGAAGAUGAUCAAUCUAAAGAUAUGUGACAAGUGUUGACUUGGUAAAGAGGCCAUACUGAAAAUGCAAGACUUCAAUCAUGGAAAUGUGUGCUCUCAAAUUCCAUAACUGAGACUGUGUAUCCAUGAAUUUCAAAUGAUUGGAAUAUGUGGCAAUCAAUUUUAUAAAUGGAAGAGAA